UAAAUCAGCAGCAGUUGGAGGAACCACUCCAACUUGUCACUCCACAAGCUUGCAGGAACCACUCGAGAUGGGAUAUGAGAACUGGAUUUUCCCAUUUACAUUUGCUAUAUUGGGAGAAUGUUUUGCAGAAGGCAGGCUUUGUGACUUACCCAGCAUAAAAAAUGGAAAUAUUGCCCCAUAUUACUAUAGUUUUAAAAACUAUUACUUUCCAAUGAAGCAAGAUGAGAAGCUUUCCUAUUUCUGUUUGCCUGGCUAUACCACAGAAAGUGGAAGUCAAAAUGGAAAGAUCAACUGCACAAUGAGAGGCUGGGCACCCGUCCCUAAAUGCUACCAGAAAUGUACCAAACCCGCCUUGGAUAAUGGUGUUUUCUCGAAUAUGAAAAUGUCCUACAAAAUCUGGGAGAGACUGCAAUACAGUUGUAAUUCAGGUUAUCAGAUUCCUGGAGGUCCCAGGGAUAAAACUAUACAGUGUCUUGAAGGUGGAUGGUCAGCUCAGCCACAGUGUACAGAAACAACAGAGACGUGCUCAGUGCCAGACCUGGCGCAUGGCCGCUACCACACAGCCCAGAGAACAUUCAGCCGGAAGGAAAAGCUCAAAUAUGAAUGUGAUGACGGAUAUCGCACGGCGGGAGGCCACACAAUGGAAGAAGCACAUUGUGAACCUCAAGGCUGGUCCCUGACUCCCAAAUGCACCAAAUUUGGAUGUUCAGCGCUGAGUCCUGUCGAACAUGGAGGCGUCGAUCCCAGCAAGGGAAGCUACGAAGAAGGAAAUGUGGUUCAGUUCUUCUGCUCGGAAGGUUAUUCAUUAAAGGGGUCAGAAUUAAUUCAGUGCUAUUACUUUGGCUGGUACCCAGAACCUCCAGUUUGUGAAGAAAGAAGAAACAAGUGUCCUCCUCCGCCUCAGCCCCCUCAUGCCAAUGUGCUAACCAAUGUGCUAAGAACGUACCGCCACGGAGACACAUUGCGUUUGGAGUGUGAGCAUCCCUUUCAAAUGGCAGGAGAUGGAGAAAUCCGAUAUGUUGGCCGGACAGGAAGCACAGAAGGUCAUCACAGCUUAGAAACUGAAGAGAGCUGCAGUUCCCUACCCAUAGUUGAAAACAGUUUUAUUUUUAAUAACAUCAACCCUUCACUGGCAAGCUACAAAACUGGUUCUGUAGUGGAAUACAGAUGUAAACCCUUCCAUCUGAUAGAAGGACCUAACACAAUUCGCUGUGUCCAAGGAAACUGGACAACCCCUCCAGUUUGUUUAGAACCAUGUAUGGUCAAUGAAGAAAACAUCGGAAAUCGCAACGUAGAAAUGAAAUGGAACCUGGAAGAAGAAUUAUAUUUCCUACAUGGAGACAUUAUUGAAUUGGUGUGCAAGCCAGGAUACGUUUUGCCACCAUCGAUUGGCGAUGCUCAGAUGGUGGCGCAGUGCAAUCGGGGAGAAUUAAAAUAUCCCACAUGUGUUUCAAACGACCCAAAUGAAAGCUGUGGCUCUCCACCUUCCAUAAAAAAUGGAGUCGUCAUGGGUUUGUUGACAGCGGACUAUGCUCAUGGUUCAUCAGUAGAGUAUAGUUGCCAUGAAUACCAUUUUUUGCAAGGUUCUAGGAAAGUGUCCUGUUCCAUGGGUCAUUGGACUACCCCACCAAUUUGCAUAGAGCCGUGCACCUUAUCAGCAGAAGAGAUGGCAAAGAAUCACUUGGAUCUAAGAUGGAGUUUUGACAAUCGACCAUAUUUCCUCCAUGGAGAAUUUGUUGAGUUUAUGUGCAAAGCGUACUACUUCGGCUCACCUUCAAGUUCAGCAUCUGAUUUUAGAGCACAGUGUCAGAAUGGAGAACUGUUGUAUCCACAAUGUGUACGGAUUAGGGGGUAAGCAAUUGAUGCCGCAAUUGUGUAAUGCUGCCUUGGGAGUAAGCCCCCACCAAACUCUGUGAAACUUACUUUUGAGUACACCUACUUAGGAUUGUACGAUAAACUACCUGUGUAGCAAGGAGGAAAUUCAUUCAUGCAUAUUUCAAACUUAUUAUACCAUGAAGUAUUAUUUGGAAAAGUAUAUUUGGAAAGUGUAUGUUAGCUUAGAAACCUUGUGCUUGAAGUGCUAGAUCUUCAUUUGUAGAAAGGAUUCAACUUGGGGAUUCAUUCAAGACAUACAAUCUUUCAAGUGCCUAACUUGAGUGCUAUCUGUGAGGAUGGAAUUGCUGCUUAUAGAUUUUCCCUAGCCAUUUUUUCUUAAGGGUUAGUGGAGCAAAAUGGCUCUCCCUGUUGCAUCUUUAUGCCUCAAAUCGAGUUUCGUUGGUAAUAGCUGUUGUUGUUUACCAUGUCUCUAUUUUGAGUGACUUCAGGGUAUUUUGAUUUGGGUUUUUU